UCAGGCGGGGAUGGGUUUUUGAGUGGUGGGUGCUGAAGAACAGACCAAGGCAGGUGUGGGGACUCGAUCAGUGUUUUGCAUUUGCAUUUGCUGCAAUAGUAGUAUUAGAUUAGAUUAGUUUAGUCAAAAGUGUAGGCAGGGGGGAAGCUGGGAGUGGGGUGUGGGUACUCACACUGUACUGUUGAGUGUGAGACAAAACAGAAAAAAGCAAACCAAACAGCUGCCCCCAACUCCAAAUCAACACAAUGCUCUAGAAAAAAAAAGGAAGCAGCCUAGCUUCUUUAAUUCUUCUUUUUCCAUCUCCUCCGGCUGUGCUACAGAUACAGAAAUUCAUUCAUUCAACCUACGCGUGGAAUCAAGCCAUUGUAACCAGCUAGCUGAAGCAAAGGAUUUUAACAAGACAUUGUGGUAGAGAGAGAGAGAGAGAGAGAAUAAUAGAGGUAGGUGGGCGGUGGAGUGAGAAUUAUGGGAGGAGGAGGAGGAGGAGCGAAGCUGAAAAGAGCAGCAAGGAAGAUUGUACAGACAUGCGGCUCUUUCUCCCGUGGACCUUCUCCCCCUGUUGAUCAUCAUCACCACCACCACUUUCCCUCCACCCACCACACUACUACUCCUGCUGCUGCUGCUGCUAUGCCAGGGGUCUCAGCAACUUCAGGGGAAUUAACUUGUGAAGCCCUUUCUUCAACUACUUCUACCAAGAAUUUGUGUGCAAUAUGUUUAGAUCCCCUGAGUUAUGGCACAAGCACUAGCCCAGGACAAGCAGUAUUCACAGCCCAGUGUUCUCAUGCAUUCCAUUUUGCUUGCAUCUCCUCCAACGUCCGCCAUGGUAACGUCACAUGCCCUAUAUGCCGAGCUCAUUGGACGCAGCUUCCUCGCAACCUAAACCCACCUUGUUGCAACCAAUCAGACCCCAUUCUCCAAAUACUUGAUGACUCCAUUGCCACUUUCCGGGUUCACAGACGAUCCUUCUUACGCUCUGCCCGCUACAAUGAUGACGACCCUAUUGAGCCUGACUACACCCCUAAUCAUCCCCGUCUACAUUUCAGUUUAAUACCAGUCACACUCGCUCAUCACAGCUGUCACCAAUGCUCACACCAACCCUUGCAAGUGGCACAGCCAAGUUCAUACCAUUCCCAUGGCCUUGUACCACUAAAUCACUUGAGCUGCUCUUCAUCAUUAUUAGCAGCACCUCCUGGAGGAAACCACUUUGCACCAACUGUAAAAACUCCUUACUUGAGCAACUCCGGUGGUAGAGCUUAUCUUGCUGUAACAUUAGCCCAUCAGCCGGCAACUGACUUGGUCUUAGUUGCAAGCCCCAACGGCCCUCACUUGAGACUUAUAAAGCAAUCCAUGGCAUUAGUGGUUUUCUCGCUUCGACCAAUUGAUCGUUUGGCGAUUGUCACCUAUUCAUCUUCUGCAGCAAGGGUUUUCCCCCUCAAGCGAAUGACAUCCUAUGGUAAGCGAACAGCGCUGCAAGUCAUUGAUCGCCUUUUCUACAUGGGCCAAGCUGAUCCAAUUGAAGGGCUCAAGAAAGGGGUAAAGAUACUCCGUGAUUGCGCCCACAAAAACCCACGAUCCUGCAUUCUGCACCUAUCAGACAGUCCAACAAGAUCUUACCAUCGGAUUGAUACAGAAAUUUCCAUUCCAAUCCAUAGGUUUCACGUAGGAUUCGGCUUUGGCACCUCAAAUGGUUUCGUCAUGCACGAAUUCGAAGAGUUCCUCACCAGAGUAUUAGGAGGGGUAAUCAAAGAAAUCCAGUUGAGGAUUGGGGAAGAUGCUAGAAUUGUGAGGCUUGGAGAACUUAGAGGUGGUGAGGAGAGAAGAAUCCCGUUAAUUUUAGACGAAUCAGGACACGUAUGCGUGGAAUAUAGCUAUAUCGAAGGCGGGGUUGAUGAAUGUACGAGGAGAGGGGAAAUAGUGGUGGGCAUAGGCGAUGAAAGAGAGAGAAUUGAGGUCACAGAAGCUUCUGAUGGCAUUCCUGGGAGAAGUAGCAAUGUUGAAAGUUUGGAUUACCAUGACCCUUACCGGGCCAGAAGAUGGGCUAAACAUUUACACGGGUAUAGGCUGUGAGUAUUAUUGAAGGACGAUUCAAGGGUCAGUUUGUUCUCAUCCUCCGCAAAUAUAGUGAUCAGGAAGGCUAUAAUUUUCUCAACCAACAUUAUUGCUUCUUGCUUAAGGGGAUUGAUGAUGAAAUAGUACUAUGCAUGUGUUUUCUUUUUUUCAAAGUUUCAUUUGUACUUAAUUUGUCAACACCUAAGAUUUACUGGAGUAUUAUCCAACAACGUUGAAUUGUGAAAUCAAAGCUCACAGUGCCCC